AGCCCUCCGCCUUCCCGUCGCGUGCUUCGAACCAGCCACCCUCCGGGGUCCGUCACCUUCGCGGACCUUUUCUUCCGGGGUGGUGUUUACGGGGGGGCGAAAAAUCACGCGCGGACGAACUCGUCCAAAUUCCCAGGUCUUAGAAAACUAGCCUGAGCCACCAUGGCUGAGCAGCGUCUUCCGGUACCCCGGCUUCGGGGCGUCUCGCGGGAGCAGUUCGUGGAGCAUCUUUACCCUCAGAGAAAACCUCUCGUGUUGGAAGGACUCGACUUAGGAUCUUGUACAAGCAAAUGGACAGUGGAUUACCUGAGUCAAGUUGGAGGGACGAAAGAAGUGAAGAUUCACGUUGCUGCAGUUGCACAGAUGGACUUCAUUAAACUUUACCUUUUAACAAGUUGGUCCAGAGAGCAGCCGAAGAAACACAUAAAGAAUUCUUUAUUUCAGAGGAUGAGAAAUACUACUUACGGUCACUUGGAGAAGACCCGAGGAAGUAGGAAGAACUCCUUCACUGGGAAGGAUGUUGCGGAUAUCAGACAGCAGUUUCCAUCAUUAGGAGGAGAUAUUACGUUUCCAAUGUUCUUCAGAGAGGAGCAGUUCUUUUCCAGUGUUUUUCGAAUUAGUUCACCUGGAUUACAGCUCUGGACUCACUAUGAUGUAAUGGAUAACUUUUUAAUACAAGUGACAGGAAAGAAGCGAAUUAUACUGUUCAAUCCUCAGGAUGCACAAUAUUUAUAUUUAUCAGGUUCUAAAUCAGAAGUGCUGAAUAUUGACAGCCCAGACCUGGAUAAAUACCCACUCUUUCCUAAAGCAAGGAGGUAUGAGUGUAUCCUUGAAGCUGGUGAUGUCCUGUUCAUUCCUGCUUUAUGGUUCCAUAAUGUAGUUUCUGAAGAGUUUGGAGUGGGGGUGAAUAUCUUCUGGAAGCAUCUUCCGUCGGAAUGCUAUGACACAACAGAUACCUAUGGCAACAAAGAUCCUGUAGCAGCAUCCAGAGCUGUGCAGAUCUUGGACAGAGCUUUGAAAACACUGGCUGAAUUACCAGAAGAGUACAGGGAUUUCUAUGCACGCCAAAUGGUCUUACGUAUUCAAGACAAAGCCUACAGCAAGAACUCUGAGUAAAAAAUGAACUAAAUGUAGAAAAAAUUUAAAAAUAAAUAAAAAGCAGCUCAAGUAUUUGAAAACUAUAAGAAGAUAUUUAAAGAUGCUUUUUAAAUUAGAAAAGCUAAGUCUGAGAUUUAUAGUAUAAAAGAUGCAUAUCUGAUUUCUAUUAGGUAUAAACAAGAUGUAAAUAAAAUUUAGUUAAUAAAAA